AUGUCAUCCAUGCAUGCCUUCGCUCAUGGCUCCUCCUCCGAGUCCUCAGGAGAAGAAGACGAUUUCCUACACCCUUCAACGGAUCCCAACGCCGACGAAUUCGCAGAUUACAAUCCUCGAAAACGACGGCGUACGGGUCGCGAUGCGAAAGAGAGCGCUGCUCUCGGAGUCUUCGGCUCUGAGAGUGAGGAUGAUGGACCGGGAAAGCGCUGGAAGAAGAAGAGUCUGAGGGGAAAGGGUAUGGCGUUCGUUUCGACGGGGCAGCAUACUCUGGGUGAGGAUGAAGAUGAGGACGAUGAGGAAGACGAACAGGCAGAGAAUGAGGAUGUGGAUAUGGACGAUGCGCAGGAAGAUGAGCCCGCGGCGCCGAGAGGAUUGGGCUUCGGUGCUGCGAAGGGACUGGGAUUUCAGAGUCCUGCGCCGGCGAAGAAGACAUUUACUCCUGCGAAGAGUAAUACACCACUAGGCAGAGGCUUCGUGCCGUCUUCUGCUGCGAUGCCAAUUCUGCAAAACACAGAAGAUGAGGUGUCGACGCCUAGGAUAGCGAGGCCUAGUGCAUUCUCGACGCCGACGACGAACGGCCGUGGUAGGAAGAAGGGGCGGGCUGCGCCAGGAGUCAAUGCUGGGUCGUUUGCAGCUAGGAUGAUGGCUAAGAUGGGCUACAAAGAAGGUGAAGGUCUAGGAAGGGAAGGGCAGGGACGGAGUGGUGUAAUUGAAGUCACCCUACGGCCGCAAGGUGUUGGUCUUGGUGCUGUGAAGGAAAAGUCAAAACAGGAGAUUGAAGAAGAGAAGAGGCAGGCCAGGUUAAAGGGUGAGAAGUAUGAGGAUUCUGAUGAAGAGAGAAAGAAGCGUCGAAAGAAGCCAAAAUCUGGACUGGAAAGUGGAAGUGGCAGUGGAAUGAGCACACCUCGAAGGGCCGCAAAACCCAAGUUCCGCACUUUGGAAGAGGUCCAAAAGGCAGCUCCUGGGCUCCAAAUUCCUGAAGCUUUUGCGCCUAUUCUGGAUAUGACUGCUCCUGGACAACGAUUGCUUACUACGACAUCUGGACUUCUGACGCCUACCGCUGGUGUGUUCGAGACUGCUGAGCAGGCUGAGUCAAAGAAGUUAGCUCGUAGAGCACAGAAUGACCUCUCUGCUUAUGUGGAAGAAUGGAAGAAUUUAGAGGAACGCAAAGCUUAUGUUGAGAUGACCAUUGUCCAGCAGCAACAGGAGCUAGAUGAGGAACAACGAGAAUACGACCGAAUGAAGUCUUUUGCAGACACAGUUCAAUCGAUUUCCCAGGCUGUCAAGGACCUCCAAUGGGACCCUGUGAUCGACGCUCUGAUACAAGCAGACAGUCUAGCCGAGCCAGGGUCGUCGAAAGCUAAUGAGGAAUUGUCAAAUAUCGCUGUUGCGGCAGUCCAUCCCUUUCUCAGACAAGCAGCUGAGGGAUGGCAACCUUUGGAAGACCCAAAACUUACUGGCAUGGCACCACAAUUAUUCAAAAUACGACAUAUACUAGGAGCUUCGACAAAUGAUGGAAAAUCCAUCACUAAUCAGCACUAUUUGAAGAAUGACGGAUCACAUCGAAUACACUCCAAGUCAACAACGGCUUACGAGAGCAUGAUUUAUAAAAUCAUCUUUCCAAAAAUAGUCUCAUCAGUCAACCAAACAUGGAAUGUCCAUGAUCCUACUCCAUUACAAACAUUGUUCGAGGUUUGGGAUGGACUGUUGCCUUCGUUUGUACGCUCACAAAUCCUUGAUCAGGCAGUAGUUGGAAAGCUCAACGGCGCAGUCUCGUCGUGGAAUCCGAAGAAGAGACGUGCUCAUGAACUGCCACACUUAUGGCUCUUUCCAUGGCUUCAAUAUUUACCACCACAUCAUGUCGAUCCGAAGAGCUCAACGGGCCUUGUUAGCGAUAUCAAACGGAAGUUCCGCCAUCUCAUUGACAAUUGGGACUUUAGAAAAGGAGUCGUACCUGGACUGGAGCAAUGGCGGGUUGUGCUAUCCCCUAAUCCCAAGAAUGACCAUUGGACACCAUUGAUCAUGAACCAUGUCCUCCCAGUCAUGGCGCGGUUCCUGAAAAAUCCAGAAUACUUCAUGGUCGACCCUAACGACCAAUCCCCGUAUAUGAAAGCCUUGGAAGGCAUCUUGGCCUGGAAAGACAUCCUCAAACCGCGAGUUCUCGGCCAAGUCAUCGUGGAAACCGUAUUCCCAAUGUGGCACAAUGUCCUACAUCAAUGGCUCACGGUCGUGGGUCCCAACGAGGAAAUCGGACAAUGGUUCGAAUGGUGGCGCGACUCCGUCUUUCCGGACGACAUCAAGAACCUCCCCUCCAUCCAAUCCGAAUUCGAAAAAGGACACAAAAUGAUCAAUCAAGCCCUCGACCUCGGCUCCAAAGCCGCCACGGACCUUCCUGCCCCGUCAAUAACACGCAUUUCCACCUCGCCACCAGCGCCAGUCACGCCAGCCAAAGCUGCACCCGUACCAGUCGUCGAGGAACUCACGUUCAGACACAGAGUCGAAGAUUGGUGUAUUGAGAACGACUUGCAGUUUCUUCCCGAGAAGAAAGUCCUUCAUUCUGCGGGCCCGCUGUAUCGCAUCACGGCGGCGGGCAACGGGAAGAAUGGCACGUUGGCAUAUUUCAGGGGCGAUGCGCUGAUUGCAUUAGUUAGAAAAGGGAGUGAGCAGGCGGAGUUGAGGAUUAAUUGGGAUAGUGCAGAUGGACGUGAUGCACUGCUGGAGAUGGCGUGGCAGCAUGUCAAGUAG